AUGGCUGUAGAGCAAGCAACAGGAAUGAGCUACUCGGAACUUCUAUACACUCUUGUUUCCGGGCCCCUAGGACUUACAAACACCCUCGUCAGCCCUGGAGUAUCGUCCAGAGCGGUGAUCCCUCCGGUGGACAACGGCUGGGGCAGCGACUAUGGUAUCAGUGCGCCGGGUGGUGGUCUCGUUUCGUCGUUAUCAGAUCUCUCGGCCCUAGCCCAUGGCAUUCUUUCUAGGAAGGUUCUCUCGCCGGCCAAGACGCGAGAAUGGCUCAAACCACACGCUUUCGCCGGGUCCCCUCACUCAUUCGUAGGGCUUCCCUGGGAGAUCUUUCGACCUCCAAAUCUCGUCCCCGAAAAUCCUCAUCCCGUGGCCAUAUAUGCCAAGUCUGGUGGCGCGUACGGGUAUCGCAGUCAACUGGCCAUCCUCGACGAGUACGGCAUUGCCGUAGUUAUUCUCACUGCAGGUGAUAUGGCUGCGGUCCCACACAUCUAUGACGCCAUGCUUGCUACGACUGUACCAGCCGUCGAUGCUGUUGCGCGAGAGCAAGCAGGCGAUCUCAGCGGUACUUUCGUCAACGGCCCCUCCCACAGUUGCGUCAAUGCAACAAUCACUCAAGACAACAGUUCACUGAUUCUCUCGUCGUUGACCCACAAUCGAUCAGAUACUCUAUCUGCACUGACCCAGAUUUGGGCGGUGACAGUCGGCUCUCAACUAACUCCCAUCGAAUCCACAUUCAGAAUCUUCCCAACCGAGGACAUUUCCACAUCCACAAUGGAUGGGAGAAACGUGACGAGAGAGGCGUGGCGAAUCUGGUUCGAACCGAGGUACGGCACCGGCUCCGAUCUUCCGGGCGGCGGAGUUGGUUCGCAGGAUUGCAUGUCAUGGACUCUCAACGACUGGAUCUACUACGGUUCCGAGCCUGUGGAUCGAUUUGUGUUUGUACGAGAUGCUGAAACAAAGGAAGUGGUGGGUCUUGAAUUUCCUUUCAUACGAUCUGGCCUCCUGGGUCGUGUCGGGAAUCGGGAUCUUGGUGAUUCAAUCGGCUGUUCUUGA